UCUCUAUAUCUCUCCCGGAGUAAAUUCGGCGGCAAGUCUAACAAAAAUGUAUCAGUAACUCUUUAGCUAAUUAUGUGUCUCCAAAGAAAGAAACCGUCUAAACUCUUCAUCUGACAUGGGACUUGCAUCUACCUAGUAUUCAGAUCUGUUCUUUUAUCAAAUCGCCAUUGUACCCAAACCCUACACAUGUCUUGGGGAUUAGGUUGGAAGAGGCCUUCAGAUAUCUUCCAUCUUACUCUGAACUAUGGAACAGAAGAAACUGCAGAGGAUCAGAGUGCUUCAUCAUCAUCUAGAUCGUCAAGAUCGUCGUCAGGAUCAAUAGAUCAAGAAGUUGGUUUCAGGAUUGAUCUUGAUUGGACGGCAGGCGAUGACGAGGAUCAGGUAGCGCUGAGAUUGCAAUCGCAGCUGAUGGUUGCACUACCGAUGCCCCAGGACGCGGUUGUAGUAGAGUUGAAACCACUGGAGAUUGAGGAUGAGAGCAAUGUCGCUGUUGAUAUGAAGGUGGUUAAGCGAAGAGAGCCUCUCCAGGCGCUGAUCAUGUCGAAAGGCGGCAAUUCGGGUCAGCAGCACGAUGGAAUGGGUGUGCUUACGAGGUUGUUGAAGUCGAGAAUUACCAGACCAGAGCCUUCUGGAUCGCCAUCCGCAGUUGUUGAUUGCGUGCUAGAUUAUGAUGAUCAUUGGCGGAGCAUCACCGUGCUCAGCUUAUGUGGUUGCGGCUUAUCGGUACUUCCAGUGGAACUAACUCGACUGCCCCAACUUGAGAAGCUGUACCUUGAUAAUAACAGGCUCUCCAGUUUGCCAUCCGAAGUUGGUAAUAUGAAAAACCUAAAAGUUCUCGGUGUUGACUAUAAUAUACUCGUAUCUGUACCAGUUGAAUUCAGGCAGUGUGUUGGACUUGUGGAAUUGUCACUGGAGCACAACAAACUAGUCCGCCCUCUUCUCGAUUUCAGGGCUAUGGCUGAAUUACGUGUUCUUAGGCUAUUUGGUAAUCCCCUUGAAUUCUUACCUGAAAUUUUGCCGCUACACAAACUUCGUCAUUUGUCCCUUGCCAACAUCAAAAUUGUAGCAGAUGAUAAUUUGAGAUCAGUGAAUGUGCAGAUAGAGAUGGAGAACAGUUCAUACUUUGGCACAACCCGGCACAAACUGAGUGCAUUCUUCUCGCUUAUAUUUCGGUUUUCUUCUUGUCAUCACCCAUUGCUAGCAUCUGCAUUGGCAAAGAUAAUCCAAGAUGAAGCAAAUCGUGCUUUUGUUGGUAAAGAUGAAAAUGCUGUAAGACAGCUCAUAAGCAUGAUUAGUAGUGAUAACCGUCAUGUGGUAGAACAAGCAUGCUCUGCUCUUUCAUCUCUUGCAACCGAUGUUUCUCUGGCUAUGCAGUUGAUGAAAUGUGACAUCAUGAAACCAAUUGAAAGAGCACUGAAAAAUGUGGGACCUGAAGAACUAAUUUCCGUAUUGCAAGUUGUUGUUAACCUGGCUUUUGCAUCUGAUGUUGUGUCUCAGAAGAUGUUAUCCAAGGAUUUAAUCAAGGCAUUGAAAUUAUUAUGUGCCCACAAAAAUUAUGAGGUCCAACGGCUCUCUUUACUUUCAGUUGGAAAUCUAGCCUUUUGUUUGGAGAAUCGCCGCAGUCUUGUGAUCUCCGAAAGUAUCCGAGAACUUCUUUUACGGUUAACGGUUGCAUCUGAGCCACGUGUCAGUAAAGCUGCUGCUCGUGCUUUAGCAAUUAUUGGGGAAAAUGAGAUCUUGCGCCGUGCCAUUCGAGGGAGACCUGUUGUUAAACAAGGACUGCGUAUACUUUCAAUGGAUGGGGGUGGAAUGAAAGGUCUGGCUACAGUACAAAUUUUGAAAGAAAUUGAGAAAGGAACUGGUAAGCAAAUACAUGAAAUGUUUGACCUCAUAUGUGGCACAUCCACGGGUGGCAUGCUUGCUGUAGCUCUUGCCAUCAAACAAAUGUCCUUGGAGAAGUGUGAAGAUAUAUAUAAGAAGCUUGGGAAACUUGUCUUUGCUGAACCUGCUCCAAAGGACGAAGCGGCGUCUUGGAAAGAAAAGUUGGAUCAACUGUACAAAAGCUCGUCUCAAAGUUUUAGGGUGGUUGUGCAUGGAUCUAAACACAGUGCUGAUCAAUUUGAGAGGUUGCUAAAAGAGAUGUGUGCUGAUGAAGAUGGAGAUCUAAUGAUAGAGUCAGCUGUGAAGGGAAUACCCAAAGUUUUUGUAGUGUCAACCCUUGUCAGCAUGGUGCCAGCUCAGCCUUUUAUAUUUCGAAAUUACCAGUACCCUGCUGGCACCCCAGAAAUAUCUAUUAAUGUUUCAGAGGGUUCAGUUGCCAUUGGCCAAGGAAUACCUAGUACAAGUCCUCAUAUUGGAUAUAAACGGACUGCUUUCAUGGGGAGUUGCAAGCAUCACGUGUGGCAGUCUAUAAGAGCAUCUUCUGCUGCUCCAUAUUACCUUGACGACUUUUCUGUUGAUGCUUAUAGGUGGCAAGAUGGUGCUAUUGUGGCAAACAAUCCAACCAUAUUUGCCAUUCGAGAAGCGCAGCUUUUAUGGCCAGAUACUAAAAUUGAUUGUUUGGUCUCCAUAGGAUGUGGUUCAGUUCCUACAAAGAUUAGGAAGGGUGGUUGGCGCUACUUGGACACUGGUCAAGUAUUGAUUGAAAGUGCAUGCUCCGUGGACCGAGUUGAGGAAGUUUUAAGCACUUUGCUUCCUAUGCUUCCUGAAAUUCAUUAUUUUCGGUUCAACCCAGUUGAUGAACGGUGUGACAUGGAGCUGGAUGAGACUGAUCCUACAGUCUGGCAGAAAUUGGAGGCAGCAACAGAUGAGUACAUUCAAAAGAACUCCCAUGAAAUCAAGGAUGUCUGUGAAAGACUGCUACAGGGUCAACAUGAAGAUAAAUUUUCAGAGUAUUUAAAGUCGCAGCAAACAGUGAAGUCUAAGACUUCAAACGGCAAUGAGAAUGGGCCCUCUUUGGGUUGGAGACGCAAUGUAUUGCUUGUGGAAGCUUCUCAUAAUCUUGAUUCAGGAAGAGUUUUCCAUCAUGCUCGGUCGCUCGAGUCAUUCUGUGGUCAGAAUGGAAUUAGACUGUCUAUGAUAAAUGGAACAUCAGGGACACGUAAGGGCACACCUGGAACAGCAUUUGCAUCUCCUCUCUUCACAGGAAGCUUUCCGUCAACUCCACAUCUAUACAGUCCUGAUGUUGGGCCUCAAAGGACUAGUAGAAUAGACUUGAUUCCACCUUUAAGCUUGGAUGGGUUCCAAACUUCCAAAUCAGUUUCUUCACCACCUGAGUCUCCCUCUGGACCCAGGCAUUUCUCCUCACCGGUCAGAUCUUUACAGGAGAAGCUACAGAAUUCACCACAAGUAGGAAUUGUACAUUUAGCCUUGCAGAAUGAUACAAUAGGCUCAAUAUUAAGUUGGCAGAAUGAUGUUUUUGUUGUGGCCGAGCCUGGAGAACAUGCAGAUAAUUUUCUGCAUAGUGUUAAAUUUAGCUUACUCUCAAUGAUGCGUAUCCGCACUAGUAAAAAUAUAUCAGCCGUUCACAAUAUAUCAACAGUCGCCGAAUUAGUUGCAUGCAGGCCAUACUUCCAGAUAGGAUGCAUUGUGCACCGAUAUAUUGGUCGCCAAACACAAGUUAUGGAAGAUGACCAGGAAAUUGCGGCUUACAUGUUUCGCCGAACAGUACCUUCUAUCCACUUGACACCUGAUGACGUCAGGUGGAUGAUAGGAGGGGCGUGGAGGGAUAGGAUCAUAAUCUGCACAGGGAUGUGGGGGCCCACCCCAUGUUUGAUCAAGGCAUUCCUGGACUCUGGUGCGAAAGCUGUUAUAUGUCCCUCGGAGGAACCACAAGAAAUGCAUCUAAUAACACAUUUGCGGGUUUCAUCUGAGACUAAUAAUAAUAACAAUAAUAAUAAUAAUAAUAGUAAUGCAUUAGAAAAUGGAAAGUUUGAGAUAGGAGGAGAGGAUGAAGUAGAGGAAGAGGAAGAAGAGGAUGCAGCAGGAGGAGUAGCGCAUGCAAGUCCAGCUGUAAGUGACUGGGAAGAUAGUGAACCUGAGAAAAACAAGGAGCGGUGGGGAAUGGGUUAUUUGGAUGAUGAUGAAGAGGAACUGUCUCAGAUGGUCUGCAAAUUGUAUGAUGGCUUGUUUCGGGAAGGGGAAAGAGUAGAUGUUGCUCUCCAAGGUGCUCUGGCCUUGCAUCGGAAGAUGAGGUUUUCAUGUCAUCUCCCCAACAAUAUAAGGUGAUUUGUUUUUUUCGGUUCUUUUUUAAAAGUUUAGGAAUACAACAUAGAACAAGACAGAACUCUAGUGGGAACAAAUAAGAUAAAAGAGUAGUAGUAGCAGCGUGUCUUAACUAAAAUGAGGAAUUGAGGACGUGAUUCACUUGCCAAAUUUUGAAUACAUCUAUAUAUUCUAUUACAUGUGAAGCUGAUGGAUUAACUUAUGUUUCUGAGGACCAUAUAUAUAUAUAUAUAUAUAUAUAUAUAUAUAUAUAUUGUCCAUGUCUCAUAUUUAUUUCAAUAUUUUUCUUCCUCUAUAUGUGGUUUAUUUCUCCUAAAUUGAAGUAAAGUUUUUCUUACACAAGGAAAAAACCUCUUUUAA